GCGAGUUUAACGCAAGUGGAAUACGAAAUUAACGAAAAAUGAAGGACAGCUGCAUUUUGUUAUACGUUAUUGUAAUAAUGCAUAUAGUGAUUACUCGUUUCGACAAGGAGAAUAAGCCAAGUCUGACAGAAAAGGCGUGGAGUAAAAUUAAGGACACGGACUAUUCUGCGUGCAAUAGAAAACCAACGAACGCUGACUCAGUCGGAGAUGAAACUAGUCUCUGCAAAUCACCUGAUACACUGAAAAGAAAAUUUCAUUUACUCCCUCUGGACGUAAAAAAGCAGUGCCGCGUUGCAUGGAUGUCUGUACGCUUUACUAAAAACACAUAUCAAAUAGCAUACGAGUAUGUUUAUAUAAAUGCAAUAAUCGAAAUAAACGAACAUAAAGGACAACCUUCGAAUGAGAGCAUUGCUUUUCCUAAGUUUUACAAAAGUGAACGUAUUCCUACGAUGUUAACAUUGCUCACAUCACGCCGAACAGAACUGAUGCAACAUUUACGAAACACGGACAACAUUGACUCAGUAACUUUUUACACAAUCAAUGAUUAUAGAAGAAAUUGUUGUGUCACCCCGUCGGGGAAAUCAGCAUCGAACACCGCGGUCAUAAGGGUCUUCCAGGGAAAAAGCUAUUACUUGGAGUUCAUUACAACGUAUUUAAACAGUAUCAUUAUACUAGUAGUGCUUUUUUGGUUAAUAACAAGACAUCCAAAUCCACAAAUUCCGAAAAGCACAAAACAAGACCCAAUAGAAAGCUUUACGUGCUCGGUUUUGGAUCGUAUCUUCCAAUUACCGAUCAAGGGUUCUAACAAACAUUUAUAUCAAAGCUAUUUUUCGCCAAAUAUUGAAGACACUGUUUGCUGUCCCGUAACACAAGAGACCCAAGGAGCGACAAUUAACAACUUCGAGCACGACAAAUUUAAAAUUGCUAAUGUUGAUUCAGAUUCGCAAUCUCAAAAUAACAGGUCACCAGGAGAUGGAGACUCUUCAAAACCAGAGAACGCAACAAAACUAUCUACUGUUGCUAACGUUAAAAUGAUCAGGGAAUGGGACAGAUAUAUAUCUUAUGGGAAAUGUCCCGUUGAUUCUCAUGAUAGCAAUGUGUACCCGUCAUCAUUAGCAAAAAAUGGAUUUUAUUUUAACUUAGAGCAUAAUCUUAGUGAAUGUUUUAGUUGUGGGCAUAAAGUGAGUACAUGGGAAAAACGUGAAUCAGUAAAGGAUGCCCACCUUAGGAUAUCACCGAAAUGUGAUUUUGCAAAUGGAAAAGACACUUUUAAUGUUCCUAUACACGAUGAUAAAACAAAUGAAGCAUCGGAAAAUGAGAAAAACAAUGGCGCGUGCGGUGGUGAAGAAACUGCCAACAUUCAACCAAGAAGAAAAACAGUUGACUCCGAUGACAAGCUUAACAAAAAUGUUAAUCGACAUGAUAAUUCACGGAAUGAAACACCACAAGAGGAACUGCAUCCUGUCGAUGACACUAUCAUCGGCAAUCCUAGACAUCCAGAUUUUCUCAGCCAAGAAGAUCGCAUGUCAACAUUUCUUAACUGGGCAUUUCCCCAUGUUGCACCGAUAAAUCGUCUUGUGGAUGCAGGACUUUAUCACACAGGUACUGCUGAUGAAGUUCGAUGCUUCCAGUGUGGUGGUGGCAUGCGGAACUGGCAGCCAGGGGACGACCCAUGGAUGGAGCAUGCAUACUGGUUUCCACAUUGUGAGUUCGUCCGACAUCGCAGGGGCCAGGACUUCAUCGACAUGGUUCGCAUGGGAAGAUCGUUUGAACGGGGUUUAGAUAUUGGACCAAGCGAAAGGACACCUCAGCCGUCAGAAGAGGAACAAUAUAUUGAAGUGCAGACAUUUUCCAGACAAAGAGCCAAUCUUAGAGCUCCCACAGCUGACACCGCCAUUUCCGAGUUGCAUGAUACCUCGAUGGUUGACUCGGUCGCAGACAUGGGCUUCAAUAAAGAUCACGUACUUCUCGCUCUUGGUCAGAUUCGAAGAGCACAUCCUGAAGGACAUAGAAUUGAAACCGAAGAAUUGAUAGAAUACCUUCUGGCCAAUCCGCAACCAAAACCAUAUCAGACUACGUCAGAGAGGUCAGCAAUUGACGGUAAAGCAGCAGAGCAUAAAAAGCGAAAGCAGAAUAAGAAGAAAUCAAAAGAAAUACCGGACGCUGUUACAUGCCCGGAAAAUACCGAGAUUAGUGUUAUUCUGGAUGAAAAUGAGAAAUUGAAACAGCAGUUGAUGUGCAAGGUUUGCAUGGACAGUGACGCAUGCGUGGUAUUCCAACCGUGUGGUCACAUGGUCACGUGUGUGAAAUGCGCAAGCAAACUAAGAAAAUGCGCUAUCUGCAGAAGAAAAAUUGAAGGAAAUAUUAGAAUCUACUUGGGUUAAUUUUCUUUGUUAAUAUAUGUUUGUGUCAAUUGUUAAUAUAAAACUGAAAAUACUUAAUUACCAUUAGUCGAAAGCAAUGUUUAUUUAUUUUAUUAUUUACUUGAUUAACUUGAAUAAAGUAGCUUUACAUAUAAUGUAUAUACGGUAAAUACAACCCCUCGAGGCAGCUAUAAUACGUGUAUAGUACAUGCAUAAGUGCUUUUUUGCAGUACAAUUUUCGUCGUGUUUAUCUUAAAAUGAUUUUAUGUACAUUUGUAUUUAUUUAUUUUACUGUAUAGUCGUUUAAAUACAUUUACAUAUUUACAUUUGAAUAAUAUUUAUGGCAUCUACUUUCAAUUUACUUGUUUGCAGUUUGCUUUUUGAGACUGAUGUUUAUCUUUCUAUAUUUGUUGAUCAUGUUAUAUUAUACACAUAUAACUUUACUGGUGAUAUUAGUAGUAGUUGUGUACAUUACUUUGCCAUAGUGAUGAUAAAAAUUAGUACCGCUAGUCACCUUUAUACAUAAAACGUAACUGGAUCACUCAUUACCAGUAUGUAUGUUAUAAAUAUCAAUCUCAUUCAUAACCAUCGCAUUACAUUCAUCUUUGUAUUUGGCUCGGAAGUAGUCCCUCACGAGUCAUGAGGUUUUAAGUCCCAUAAUCAAAACAUUAAAACUGUCAACAUCCAUUAAACUUUCAGUAUGAGAAUAUUAAAAGUGUUGUGUUUCCAGACUAAGACAACAAUAAAUGUAAAUGGACUUGAAUGGUGGAGACUCUGAAACAUGAUGAUUUUACAAACCUACGAUUUCAUUGUUUAACUUUAGCAACAAAAAUUUAUUAGACCCGUCAUUAGCUGGAUGUUCGUGAUUCAAACUGAAGGCAUUCCAUGUGUACUAUGACGAGUGAAAAGAUGUGUAGGUUAUCUUUAACACCUGAGAAAGUGAAAUAUGGCCUCCUGAAUGUCAUUCCAGUGCAGAUCAGGUUAAGGAUGUCGUUUGUUAAUUUUAUUUAUUUAAGAUGUUUUUAAAAAUAUGUGUUUCAGAAAUCAAAUUCUCUAGAUAAAUGUAAGAUGUUUGUUAUAUGCAUUGAGACAUACAUAUUUGAUACCAUGUUAAGGUUCAUGUAGAGGCUUCAUUUUGAAAAAUGUGGGACCCCUAGUAUUGAACUCAAAUUUGACUAAAGGAAGAGUGCCACAUAGAAAAUGUAUACAUAUAUGCUUUAAAGGACGUUUUUCCUUCAAACUGCUACCAAUUUUGUACAUCAACGUAUCAUAACAUCCACAAAAUCAUUCAAAAUACAAAGCGAUUUUAACACUAAAAUAUACAUUAUUUUCAAAAAUCUGAAUCAUGUUUAUUCCACGUAUUUCGGCGGAAAAUUAUAUAACUAGUGAAUAAUAUCGACAUUGACGAGGGCAAGUUACGCUUAAAUAGUAAAAAAAGUUUACAUAUCUAGAAAUAUCAAAACUCGAACACAUGUCAUUUCAUCACCAUGGGGGCAGCCAUUUUUAAAUUAAUAAAAUAAGAAGAAACAUGCUAAAAACUCACUCAUCGCCUAAUUGACAUUCCAAACGGUUGACGAUGACAAAUGCAUUGGAUUGUAAUAUUUCCGUUGAUGUUUGCAAAUUGCACGAUCAGACCUCAUAAACACUCAAAAGAAUAACUAUGUAAGAAGCAUUUCACCAAUGUUUACAAUCGUUGUCGAAUCACAUGUAUUAUAUUAUUGCGCAUAAAAUAGUACGCUUACAGACUGACAGAAAGAUCGAUACGUAACUCCGUUAAAUUUAUCACGGUAUACUAUUCUAUUGAUAAUAUAUAAUAAUACAUCGCUUUAACAAUCUAAAAGUAGAAAUAAUUCUUUUAAACGGAGUUUUUAAUAACGAAAGUGAAAACAACGGAAGUUGGGUGGGUAUUCUGUGAGAUGCACUUCGGCUCCAGAAAAGCAAUUCAAAUAAACUAAAAAAUACGUGUGGGGGACAAUUUUCAGCUGGAAAAUAUUUGAAAUAGGGUAAGAGAUGAUAUCUCUACGUGGUCAUUGCUGUUAUUUAGUGCGAUCUCUUGCUGAUUAAUGUUAAUAGUUGUUUUACUAGUUGCCACCCAACUGUCAAAAUAAGUAUGCGUUUUGUCAGGUAUGUGUAUACACAUACCCGGUUUUCUCACCACUGCACGUGGUUUCGACCGAUUUGUUUUGCACGUUUUUUCUACGGAUUACAGCGAAGGUCACGCUUUCAAAAUGGGUAGAAGGAAUCGAAAUAUAAAAUCAAUUGUUUUGCCAAUUUCUUUAUAUUCCUUUACAAUUUUAUAUGUCGUCUGCUAUCUAAUUUAAUUUGAGAUGGUUUAAAUUUGCAAUUUGGUUGAGAGGUAAAUAACAAUAUUGUUAAGCCUUUGAAAUAGAAUUGUGACUCUUAUUAUCCACCAUACCUGGAUUUUUAAAAAGUAGUUACGUUUUAGUUAUUUUAAGAACUUUGUUUAGGAUAUUUAUCCAAAAAAGGCAGUUGAAUAAAAACUCAUUUGUUGUUUUAUGACAAUAAUUUUCUGUGAAAUGUUGCUAACUUGACCUUGUAUAUGUAUAUAGCUUUGUAUUUAUUCAACUUAAGGUAG